UGCGCUUCCGGAGCCUGAGGCUUGCCAUCUCCUGAGCACCCGCACGACAUGGACUGCGUUCGUACGAAUGUUUGAGGGAGAGAAUGAGCGAGCGAGAGAGAGAGAGAGAGAGUUACUUUCUUUGGGCAAUCGGGCGGCGCUUCUGAGAUUCCGGGAGAGAAGAAAAGUCAACGAACCGGAGGACGAGUUUGGAUUGUAGGGGGGAAUAGAUAACAGGGCAGGCCGACAGAUUCCUGCUGCUGCUGAGGCUGCUGCCCUCAUGUUUCACUGCUGAGCUGUUCAGACGUGCAAGCAAAUCAAAGAACGCAGGGGCAGGCAGGCGGUGGCUCAGGGGCAGAUGUCUCUGAAGAAAGCUCGGUUGCGUAGACUUGCUGCAGAAACGGAGAUCCGGAGACGGAGUCCCGCGAACUGGAAGUCCGAUCCAAUCCGGCGUUGCACAAAAUUCCUUCGCCGCCGCGGGGGAUAAGAACCUGCAAAGGUUCUGGGAAUCAUAUCGAAGAUUUCGGGGAGAGGCAGCGGAGCGGAUCGCGAGUUUCGACCACACCGUACAAGGACCAAUUCUUUCGAAUAUACAGUACUCGUGUGCAUUGUUUGCGUCAAUCUGACGAGGAGAAUUUGAGGCGCAGACAGGCUGCUCCACAAUAGCAGCAGCGAUUCAGCUGCUGUUGUAAAAAAUGGAAGCUCUUUCCCUCUCGUCCGCGGUCCGGGGCACGUGCACCCCGCUCCCUUCUCUAAUCCGGGGUCAUUGCACAUCGAAUUCUCGGCCCAGCAUUAAAGUGCCCAAAUUGUGCACGUUCGGAACGCGAUCACGUAAGAAUGGCGUGGAGGCUAGCGCUAUCGCAAGCGGUGCGGAAUUUGUCGACUUUGCGCAACUCCAGGUAGAACUCGCGCAUAGUUUGGCAGCGCUCGACCUUCCUCUGGCGGCCGACGCAGGAGAGAGCUCAAUCUGGUGGACUGCUGCUGCAGCUCCUUUGGCUUGGUGGUACCUAUCUGCAGCCCCUGGCAGUCUUGGUGGACUUAUGGAUUACGCGUCUACGCCACUCCACUCCCAUUCUCACAUGUCCUACAAUCCAGCGGAGGUUGAGGUUGGGAAGCAAAUCGGGCAAGGUUCUUUUGGAAUAGUUUACGAGGGUUACAUUGGAAGAGGGAAGAGGAGGGGAUCUCAAAACAAGGAGACACACGUUAUUUUAAAAAAGGCGAAGCCGAAUAUCAGAGGAGCUUCCCAGAUGCACGAUGCGGAAGUUUACAUGAAUCAUAGAGUACAGAGAACAGCUCCUAAUGCUUGCGCCGAAUUUCUCGGGACGACGUCAGUGAGUAGUUCACAAACCCACGGGAGGCUCACAGAGGGUUUGUGGCUGAUCUGGAAAUUCGAAGGCGGCCGUACUCUUGAUUAUUACUUGAAACAGAAAAACUUUCCGAACAACGUUUCCGAUUAUAUUCUUGGGAGCCAGAAGCCGAGGAAGCAAAUUUCAUUGAAGGAGCAAAACAAGGCAGUUAUUCGCAAAAUAAUGUUUCAAAUAUUGACAAAUCUCCAGAACCUCCAUAGGACAGGACUUGUGCAUCGGGAUGUGAAGCCCUUGAACCUUAUUCUUGCCGAAGAUGAAGGAACUUUCAAGCUAAUUGACCUUGGGGCUUGUGUUGAUUUACGUUCAGGUUACAAUUACGUACCUGAUGAAACGAUCAUAGAUCCAACCUAUGCAGCUCCUGAACAUCAUAUUAUGCCAAUUUCCACUCCUGAAUUACCUCCUGAUCCUUUAUGCUCUUUGAUAUCACCGCUCGUUUGGGCACUAAACACUCCUGAUCGCUUUGAUCUCUAUUCAGCUGGUUUGAUUAUGCUGCAGAUGGCUUUCCAACCACUACGACAAGACAUAAAUUUAUCUACUUUUAAUAGAGAAUUGAAGCGCGCUGGAUAUAAUUUGGACGAGUGGAGAAGGAAAUGUCGAUAUGAUGAAGAAGACUUUGAUCUUCUUGAUGCAGAUGGUGGGGCUGGGUGGGAGCUCGUCAAGGCAAUGCUGCAACCCAGACAUGACAAGAUGCAUGCUAUCUGGCCAAGUCUCGGGAGCAGCCGUCCUUCGGCUGAAGCAGCGUUGAAACAUCGAUUUUUCACUGGCUCUUUCAUCAAGCUUCCUUCUUUUGAAGCACUUCCUAUAAUACCAUCACUCGAGAAUUUGAAAACUAAAGAAGCCAGAAGAUCCUCAAAAUCUGUCGUUGUUUCGUCUAUGAAAUCCAAGGGCGCACCAAAGUUCGAAACUCAGCCUGACCUUGAAAUAAAUUUUACUGAAAUUCUUCCCGCAUUAACUGGACUUACGCAACCAGCGUUAGCUGUGGGAGCUUGCUGGCUGAUUUUUUCUGGGCUGCGGAGCUCAGCUCAAGCAACAUACGCCGUAGGUCAGUGGGCAACUCAGUCUUUGGGGAUAAGCGGGACGGCUUUCGUUGCGGUUUUCCUUAUAAUCAAGCCAUGGCUGGAAGCUCGAAAUGCGAAGCCGAGGAAAGAUGAUGUGCCAGAGUCUGAAAGCAAUGUUCCCGCUGCUCUGGAUCAAAAGUCUCACGUACAACUUGGAACGGAUGAUGGCCAGCUUACCACCAUGCCAUACGUCUCCAGAACACAUGUAACGGGUCUGUCAGAGGCGGUUAAAAACAUGGAGUUGCAGCUUGCUUCCCUCGAAGCUUCCAUAUCCGUAGAGCGAGAAUUUGCACACCAGCAACAAAAGAGAAUUCUUGAGAUCGAAAAGCUACUGAUCAGAACACAACCCGCAGCGGCCACGAAGUCAAACAGCAGAACACAAUGAAGAUUGUCAAAUGUUUAUUCUGGAGUGUUCGGAAGAGGUCUAAGAUUAAGCCGCAAAGUCCUUGGAGAGCUGACAAACUGCCCUCCUGCCGCAUCAUCCAGCUUUAGGCCAGCUCACUGCAGUAUUUACUUUAAAGAGAGCACGAUACCUGGCUCCUCAAAGCUCAACAUACUACCAAUCAACUCUACCCCAAAUGACAGUGUCCUCUGGUAAGUCAAGCACCGUGUCCUUCAUCAGCAUUUACACCCGUUGUGUCUAUAUAUGUGUAGUCACCCAAGUAACACAUCUUUGCAGAUUCCGUCCUUCUUUUUAUUUGGACUACCUCUAAAAUCGACAAACCACAGCAGAACAGUGAAGAAAUCAUAGAAAGAGGGAAGGAAGUCGGCGGGUCCAGUUGCCCCAGCCUUUGGUCAUUGCAUUCGGCUCACCGCGAGGGUGAUCCGUCGCGAAUCUGUGUCGACUAUUCGAUAUUUUGAAGAAAUACUUGUAGCUCGUUGUGCAUAAAUACAGAGAUUCUGUUCAUUCCAAAAGUUCCUGGCGAUCAAUGAGUGAUAUUUUUUGGCUUCCCUAUAGAUGGGAACCGAGCAUUUCCUU